AGGAAGACAUGCAUUCCAUACUUUGCAAUUAUUUGUAUAAGCAUUUUAUAAAUAACAAAGCAUUGUUAAGUUUACACAAAUCUAAUUUAGGAUUGCAGAAUUUUCAACACAAUAAGCCUGCUAUAAUUUUAGGUAUAGAAUCUAGUUGUGAUGAUACAGCUUGUGGAAUUAUUGAUAGUAAUGGAAAUGUCUUAGGUGAAGCAAUUAAUUCUCAACAGUUGAUCCAUUUAAGUUUUGGUGGAAUAAAUCCACCAAUUGCGAAAAUGUUGCAUUUUCACAAUAUUACAAAAGUUUGUGAAAAUGCAUUAAGAGCUGCAAAUUUAAAAUUAACAGAUAUUAAUGCAAUAGCUACAACUGUGAAACCUGGUCUUUUUUAUUCUCUCAAUGCGGGGACACAAUUUGGAAAAUAUUUAGCAAAGAUUGGAGAAAAACCUUUUAUACCAAUACAUCAUAUGCAAGCUCAUGCUUUGACAGCAAGAAUUAAUGAAAAGAUUGAUUUUCCAUAUCUUAUUUUAUUAGUUUCUGGAGGUCAUUGUUUAUUAGCAAUUGUUGCAGAUGUAAAUAAAUUUUACUUACUUGGUACUACAAUGAAUAAUGCACCUGGAGAAGUUUUUGAUAAGAUUACGCGAAGACUCAAAUUAAGAAAUAUUCCAGAAUUCAGUAGUUUAUGUGGUGGCUUAGCCCUAGAAACUGCAGCAAGUAAAGCAUCAGAUAUUAAUCAGUUUUCGUUUCCUCUUAUAAUGACAAAAGUGCGUAAUUGUAAUUUUAGUUUUGCUGGAUUAUUAUCCGAGAGUGUAAGAUGUAUUGAAGCAGAAGAAAAGAAACAUGACAUAAUUGCAGACAUGGUGAUUCCUGAUGUAUACAAUUUUUGUGCAGCAAUUCAAUUAACUGCUGUAAAACAUAUUUGUCAGAGAACUCAAAGAGCAAUGAAGUUUAUUGAUGACAUGUCAUUACUUCCUACAGAUAGACAGACAUUAGUUGUGUCUGGAGGAGUUGCAUGUAAUAAUAUUUUAGCUAAAGCAUUAAGUAUUUUAAGUACAGAAUUAGGUUAUAACUUUGUAAGAACUCCCCCUAAUUUAUGCACUGAUAAUGGA